GCCUUGUUUUCCUAUUAGAUGGUGGUGUUGUUGUGACUGGCAGAAGGCUGCAUCCUUGCUGACACCUGUUGUUCUUCCUUAAAGCGACGCAGGGAUGUAUCCACGCCGUCUCAUCAGCAGCAGUGGCAUCCUCACUGGGACACCAAAACACAAAGGCUUGUUGUGUAACUAACUGAGGGGCUUUAUUGUUGCGGCGGGCAAAUGCGCAUUAAGGGUUACGGUUUGUGUGGUUAUAUUCAUUAAGACAUUCCUGCGCGGAUUGGGGCAUCAGAGAGAGAGGGCUUUACAUAAUAAACUGCACGCUUUUCCCGUGAAAUGCCCCUUUAAAAGCGGGCUCUGUACAGUCACAUUGAGACGUCGUAAACGAACGGACUGAAAAGUCUGUGACAUCUGCUAUUUGUUUGUGCCAAAUCGGUGUCAGGAUGGUCUCGUCGUACCCUUUACCGGAGGGCUUCUCCGAGUUCGAUGUGUUUUCCUUGGGAUCUUGUCUGCUGGUGGAGGGUCUGUUGGGCUUCUUUCUAAAUGCAGUGACAAUCGUGGCUUUCAUCAAAGUGAGAGAGCUGAGGACCCCCAGCAAUUUCCUGGUGUUUAGUUUAGCGAUGGCUGAUAUCGGUAUCUCAAUGAACGCAACCGUCGCAGCUUUCUCCAGUUUUCUGAGGUACUGGCCUUAUGGCUCAGAUGGAUGCCAGACACAUGGUUUUCAGGGCUUCAUGACAGCUCUUGCCAGCAUUCACUUUAUAGCAGCCAUCGCUUGGGACAGAUAUCACCAGUACUGCACCAGGACAAAACUCCAGUGGAGCAGUGCCAUCACUUUAGCUGUGUUUGUCUGGAUUUUCACUGCCUUCUGGGCAGCUAUGCCCCUCGUUGGCUGGGGGGAGUAUGACUACGAGCCACUCAGGACAUGCUGCACACUGGACUACAGCAAAGGAGAUAGGAACUAUGUUUCUUACCUGAUUCCAAUGAGCAUUUUCAACAUGGGCAUUCAGGUGUUUGUCGUCAUGUCCUCUUACCAGUCCAUUGCACAGAAAUUCAAGAAGACUGGAAACCCCAGGUUCAACCCCAACACUCCUCUGAAGACUUUGCUGUUCUGCUGGGGCCCCUAUGGCAUCCUGGCUUUCUAUGCUGCUGUGGAGAAUGCCAACCUUGUCUCACCUAAGCUCAGAAUGAUUGCUCCUAUCCUGGCUAAGACCUCCCCUACCUUCAAUCCACUCUUGUAUGCUUUGGGAAAUGAGAACUACAGAGGAGGCAUUUGGCAGCUUCUCACUGGGGAAAAGAUUGAUGUGCCUCAAAUUGAGAAUAAGUCCAAAUAAACUAAGCAUACAAUAAUCACAUCCAUUCACUGUCCUUGAUGUUUCUGUCUGUGAGCAUCUGUGCACAUGUUGUGUCUCAAGCAGUGAUGGCCAUUGUCUAUACACCUGUCCUGGAUUUGUUCCCACAUUCUGUCCACAGUUGUGUUUUUAAAAUGACUGGGAGUCCAAAUAACACAUUUGGACUCAAUUUAAUAUGUUCACCCCAUUUUAUCACAUAGUAAAACCAGCACUACACUAGACACGGUUCUUUCUGUAACAAACAUGUGAUUUCUUUUAUUUUCAGCUUUAAUGUAAUUUAUUUUAUUAAAUGAGGAAUGACGAUCAUUUUGAGCUCAUCCUGAGAAUUUACCGCUGUAAACAACUUUCCUCCACGUUGACCAGACACAAGGGUUUAAAACACAUUCAGACAAAACAUGAAAGUGGAGCUCGAACAAAAUUACUGCAGAUUAUAACAAAUAUCAGUAUUUAACAGUUUAUCUUAAACAUACAUCCACAAAUUUCUAGUCGGUAAGGUAAGAUAUAAUAUCAAAUCCUUUGGACAUCAUUUCUCUUGCUAAAAGGCAGCAAUUUGUGUUUAAUUUUCAAUAUAUCUUUAGUAGCAAAAUACCGUCAUUAACUUAAAGUUCUGAGUUUAUUUUUCUGAGAAGUUGCCUCUGAUUUAAGACAAAGUCCUCUAAAAUAUUUUAAUUCAGCUAAAUAUAUUACAUGACACCUGAGAGACAAGAAAGAAGGCAUUCAUUAUUGAUUACUGUCACUGUCACUGAAAUGUGACAGACCACACGACUCACUGAUCGCCCAUGAUGCUCUUUGCAUGCUCUUCGUAUUCAGUGAAAAACUGCAGUAAUCCUCUAAACAAGAGGACUAUUCUUCAGCACAUAACCCCCAAGUUAGAGAUUAGUCCGUGGUUGUAGAUUAAGAGGACACGCUUCUCAGCUCAGCGUUUUAAGUAUAAAGACAGGAGUUGAUGUUACUAUGAAACCAAAUAAGAGAACACAGUGAAUUAUUGUUUAUUUUAUCAACUGGUAUAUAUCCUUAGUUUAAAUAACACUUAAUGGCUAUUUCUUAGUGUUUUUCCCUCAAUGAUUGUGAUGUAGAUUCCAUCUAAAUGAGCUGUUUAACUUUUACAUAUCAUGGAACAAUACAAAUAUUAUGGUUCUUCAUGUAUGAUUUUGCUCACAAACCUUUACUUUAGAAAUGACAUUUCAUUUUUCAUGUAUUGUCUUACUACAAUAUUAAACAAAACACCAUAAUUUACUGGUUAUUAUAUAAUCACAAUUCUUACUGUAGGUUUCAAAAACCACAAAGUUCCCAUUUAACAAGGACUGUUUACAUUGUAUAAGACAUGAGGCAGGGUGGGGUUUUUUUCUGCUUUUAUUUUUUAUCAAACUAGAUCAUUACUAGAACUGCUGGUCUUAUAAUAGAUCUCAUUUCUGUUUUGAGUUGUACACACGUGUUUCAUCACACAAUGCAAAUCCUUAACAGCACAAGCAAAACCCAUCCACCCCCCAACUCUCCCAUGUAAAUGGGUUAAUUGUUUUAAGUCCUAUGAAAUCUUCACUCAGUGGGAAACAACUGUGCUUCUGUUGGUCAGCAGCUAUUCAACAAUGAUUCUGCUCUUUACGAUGUAAUUGCUUAUACAGUGGGUUUUGUAUUGUUAUUGGUCUCUGUAAAAUGCUGUAAGAACUGAUCUUGUUGUAGUUGGUUGAGUAUUUAUAAUUUAAAGAGAGUGAUAUUCCACAUUCCAGCAGUGUUUGGACAAUGAAUAAAGAAUUACAAAUGUUUAAA